ACGAAACGGAGUGCUCCGAAAUGACCGCGCUGCAGUCGCCAUCUUGCCACAGGUGGUCUCACUUGUUCAAAGUGCGGGUCGUGAGUGUGUGACGGUUGUGAACUGAUGUAAACAUUCGGGUGAACAUGUGGUAUUGUUUAUUUACGUAUUAUCGUCUGUAAUCGUCCGAAUUGUGAAGUGUAACAAUAUUAUGAUGGAGGAGCUCUCGGUGAAGCGGAAUAAACACCACAAGAACCAGUCGUCGAGGGAGGAGCUGGAGCUUCUGGAUAAAAAAGAUCUAAUCGAUAGGAUACUGCAGCUAGAAGCUCACACGUUCCAAUUGAAGAAUAUCAUAAAGAAGUCUGACAGUACGAAUGGAAAAUCUGUCUCUAAAAAAUCUGGAAAGCCUUUUGACUUCACACAAUGUCACAAGAGACAUAUUCUCCUGAAAUUCUACUAUCUCGGAUGGAAUUAUCACGGGUUCGUGGAACAGGAGGAUACGAUUAAUACGAUAGAGUAUCACAUAUUUGAGGCUUUGAAAAAGUCGUGUUUGAUAGAGAAUCGUGAGAGUUCUAAUUACCACAGGUGUGGGAGAACUGAUAAGGGAGUGAGUGCAUUCUCUCAAGUGAUAUCUCUAGAUGUACGAAGUAAAUUAGCUCCAGAGGAUCAGAAGAGCCUCGAUGGGGAGCUUUCUUACUGCAAGAUGUUGAAUAGAAUCCUUCCCAGAGAUAUUAAAUGCGUGACUUGGGCUCCAGUUGGGGAUGACUAUUCCGCUCGGUUCAAUUGCAAGAGAAGGAGCUACAAAUAUUUUUUCCCGGGGGGGAAUCUUGAUAUUGAAGCUAUGAACAAGGCUGCUAGUUAUCUAGUUGGACACCAUGAUUUCAGAAAUAUCUGUAAGAUGGACGUUGCCAAUGGAGUUGUUACCUUUGCUAGGACUAUCUUAGAGGCACGAAUCGUCUGUCAUGAUGAUGAAAAGUCUGAUAGAUCAGGCUACAAUAUGUAUCAUCUUUUUAUAAAAAGUCAGGCCUUCCUGUGGCACCAGAUCAGGUGCAUAAUGGGGAUAUUAUUGCUCGUGGGACAAGGAAAGGAGAAGCCCGAAAUUUUUCUAAAUCUCUUUGACAUUGAGGCCUGCCCUCGUAAACCCCAGUACAGUCUAGCCCACGAGGUUCCACUGAAUUUAUUCCACUGUGAUUAUGACGAUGUAGAGUGGUAUUAUGAUGACGAAGAGUUGGUUUUAGUUAUUAAGACUCUGCAAGAGGAUUGGACGUUCAAUUCCGUGAAAGCUGCCAUGAUUAGGAGUAUGCUUCAAGACCUUGAGAGUCACGUGAUAAGUCAGGAGGAUCUGGAUUUUCAGAGCGAGGGUCUCAUUCAAGGGGUACAAUCUAAAAUUUAUCAGCCACUGAUGAAAAGAGUCACUUGUGAGAGUCUGGAAAAUCGUAUUAAACAUUUCGAGAAGAAGAGAAAAAUCGCAGUGGGAAACUCUGAGCAAACUUAGUGUGUUCUAAUCAAUAUAUUAUUAGGGAGUGUAUAUUAUUAGGGAGUGGGCAUUUGUAUCAUUGUAUGCUUUCAUUGAGGAAUUACAAGUCUAUUAUUCUCUCUCGAAUGUCCUCGCACAAAGAAUAAAAUCGUAUGACAACUACGGCGCAAGGACCAUUUUGAAGGUAAAAACAGGAAUAAAUGAAGUUUUACAAGAUAA